AUUGUAAUAUACAAUAUGUAAUGUAUAUAAAUGAAAAUACGAUGUAUGAUUAUUGUUAUGUAAAAUAAAGUAUUUAUACUUCAAAUUAUACAAAGUUUUUAAAAGAUCGUAAUAAUGGAAACUACUCAAACUUUGUAUCUUAACCUCUUUGGUGAAGAUAAAAUACCCGUUUUAAAAGAAUUAUUGCAUGCUUGCGUGGAUGAAAUAUGUGGUAGACCAGGUCCAACCUAUCAUAAGUUUGUAAAUAGAAUGGAUUGGAGUAAGGAAGAAUACGAAGAAACAUAUAAGUUAAUAUCGAAUCUCUUAAGAAACCCAGCAUCAUUGUACGUAACAGAGGAAAAGAUGCCACAAGAGUAUCAUGAACUAUCGGAACAUAUACAACAAAAUAUAUUAUUGUGUUUAAAAUUGAGAAGAGAACAAUUAACAGAUGCUCUGUUGAAAGAAUGUUCCAAAGAAAAAUACGAGACUGUAAUCGAUUUUGAUUGGAAAUUAAAGCUUGUAAUGGGUUCUAGUAAAUUGGCUUCAUUGAGAGAACCUCUUCUUCAAUUAGAUCUCAUGCUUGAAAGUAAAAAUUCAAAACGUAUUUUAGAUAUGGAAUUAAAUAAGGAUGAAUUGGAUACGUUUAUAAGUACUAUGGAAAGUAUCGUUCAAUAACGUGAAUGUAAAUAAUGCAUAAAUAAUUAUAUAAUUAAGAUUUUUUUACAAUUGAUGCAAGUUUAAUUGUAAAUUUUUCAAGAUGGAAUAAAAACACACGAUGUUACACUUGUUUCACAGUUUAUUAUAGGUUAUAGAUAAAUGUAGAAUAGUUUAAUUACUAUUAUAACUGCUCAUCGAAGAUACUGAAGACUGUUGGUCUGUGUCUGAAGCACCAUCGACUCAAAAAUCUCAUUUAUAAUUUUGUUGUUCCGACGCGCAAAAUAAAUAAACGAGGUUUGCGUCGAUGGAACCUCAGGAUUUAACGAUUAAUAAUUCGAGUGUACAGAUCAGUCGGAUUUAAAGAUUUUUUUUUUUUUUCUUUUUUUUUUUCCCCCUUUUUCUUAAAUAAAAAGUUCGCUCUCGUCGCCAAAACUUGCCUUGAAAAAACGUGUGAAUUUCGUUGUAAAGAUCAUUACGGACAAUAUAUUUAAUGAAAGGUUUACUAUACAACUUUUAAUUUUACUUCUUCCCCUUACUCAUUAAUAAUAUAUCGUUUAAAAAUCAAUGCCGGUCGCGGGCACAAUGAACGCUCGCUCCAUUCAACACUUACAUGUAUUCAGAGAUUUUGGAGCAUUUACAUAUAUACGCUUUUCGUUUAUCUUUACGAUCUACGCUACGGUCUCAAUAAAAAAAGAAGCUUUCGUAGGUAAUUAUUUACUCCUGGAGAUCCGUAGAAACGAAUCCAUUUUGAAUGGUAAUUGUGCAUGUUUCGUAAUUGUAAUUAGGCGAUAUUUUAAUGAUUAUUAUAAAAUUACGAAUAGGCUUCCUCGUAAGUAUUCUCAUAUGGAGAAGUAGCAUUUCGAAGGACAAACGCUGAAUUUACACAAACGCUUUCUCUAUAUCUAGAUUAUAUAUAUCACUUACACUGCCUCGACAUACUGUAUGUUUUCCUUAUCUCGUGUGUUGCAUGAUACGUAUGUACGCAUUUGCGUAUAAUGUCCUUGCAUGUAUGUAGCUAUGUCGUGUGCUCGCGCGUACCAAAGUCAUACGUAGAAGUGUGCAGUUCCUCGUUACAACAUAAAAACCUGUCGAUUGUACAAUUACAAAGAAAAACAAGGACCGCGAAAGAAAUACGAGCAAAAUAAUCGAGCGUCCUUGAAAUCACGAUACGAGUUUAUUCAUUACUCGUGCGCUUUGAUAUAUCUUUUAAUAAGUUUUUUUUUCCCCUUCUUUUUUUUUUUUUUUUUCUCUUUACUUCUUGUUCUGCCUUUUUCCGAUCCUAUCUCUUCUUCUUUCCCGUUCACACUCCGACAAAGAGACAUAUUCCAAUUAUUCCUUCCUAUUUCCUCCUUUGUUUCUUUCUUCGACACGCACAUUAUUCAUUCUCUCAUACUUCUUUCGAACUCUCACGCUCUCUCAUGCAUUCGAACGCACACGUUCUCACGUAUACACCUUUGCUCU